AUGGGCGAACGUGACAAUGUAAAAACCCACACCCACAUCCCAUCCCUCGACUCGCGGCCUCACAACGAAAGAAACGAACCGAUUGUUUCGCAUGGUCGAGGAGGACAAGGGAAUAUAGCACCGGAUCCAACGCCGUACGUCGACGCUGCUAUCGUCCGCGAAGGACCGUAUGGUGAUCAGGGUGAUGGUGCUUAUUCCGCUGGUCGCGGCGGAGCAGGAAACAUCAACUCCCAACACGUUCCCCCAACAACCAGCGUUCCGCACGAUGCCGUCAUCGUCCCCGAGCCCGCGAUUGUACCGACCUCCGGUGAGGGGGAUUUUCAUGUUGGUCGCGGCGGCCAAGGAAACGUGCACCUGGACAAAGAACACGCCAAAGAAAAAGAGGAGAAGAAGGAGGAGAGGAAACGGAUUGGGAUGAGCUUGUUGGAUAAGGUGAAACAUUUGUUUGGGUUUGGGAAGUAG